AUGAAUAUAACGGCUAGUCUUGAUAAUUACCUACCGUACGAAGUCAAAAGUCCGAAGCCUUUUGAUCAAUCGACUUUUCACUCUGCUACUCAUUCCACGAAUGAAUCAGAUGUUUGGACGGCGAUUGCAGAGGAUAAAGGGGAGACAGAAAAUGAUGAUGAGGAGGACGAGGCUGCCGCCGAGUUCGCUGAAACAGUGGAAGCUAUCAUUCAGUUGAACGUCGCUGCCUCUGGUGAUCUCGAUAGACCUUAUUCUGAUAUCGAUUAUUUUUUCCAUUUUUGUUCAAAUGGUAGUAACGAAGAUGAGGCAGAAGAAGAUGGAGUAAUUGGGAGUGAAAUGAGCCCUCUUCAUCAGCAAAUCAAUGGUGAUCGACCCGGUGCAGAGGAUAAUCUUUUCGACUACCAUAACGAGCUUACUGAUUACAGUGAAGAAAAUCCUAAUAGUGAUGAUGAUCAUGAUCAUAAAGGUCAGAAUGAAGUUGUACUUCAUUCUCGUCCCCUAUCGACGGCAGCUGGAAAUGGUGUUCUUGAUGACGCUGGCCUGUCAUUAAGAUGUAAUAGUCAUAAUGUGUACAGAGAUGUAGUUGAAAUGACAAUAGGCCGACCCUCUAUGGACAGUGGAGGCCAUCAAGAAUCAGACAAGAUUGAUCAGGAUGCACAAUGUCAGGCAGGUUUAACCGCUAUGAGGGGUCACAUAAAUGAUGAUGAAGUACCCGUGUCUACACUUGGGGAGAGUGCAGUAACUGGGUCCGUGGCCGAUGCUGCUUUUAAUUUAGAAUCGGAUAUUGCUACUUGCUUGGAAGCAGUCGUUUCUCAGGCUCUGAAGUGUGAUCCAUCUCAAGCUUGCCUAAAGCAUGCCAACCCAACGUUCACUGGUCUCAUAGUUCCAGCCACUACUACGCGCAUUAUUACUACUAGCGCCGCCACUGUUAGUGACAAUCUUGCUUCCCGUGAACCUGCUACUAGUAAAGUUACGACUACUAUCUCAUCUGAUGAGGCAACUAUGCUUUCUACUUCUUGUGGCUCGACAGAACUCUUUGUGGAUAUGCAGCUUAACGAUUGCCAGGCAAUAGAUAACAAUUCUCAGGGGCAGAUUAAGAUAGUCAUCCAGACCCAGGCUGAUUUCCCUAGAAUUCCAUGCACUGAUGAUAUCGUGAGUCAAAGUGUCCUUUUUUGGCGAAUUUAG